AUGCCACCCUCUAUUCAUCCGAUUAUAGACUUGACGCACCCUCUGGACUCGAAUGUGCCCGUCUAUCCCGGCGACCCAACCUUCCACUGUCGCCAAGCCUGCGCCGUCAAGGAUUCUGGCUGGGCUGUCAGCGAACUCACCUUUUCUUCCCAUGUGGGAACCCACAUUGACGCGCCGUCGCACCGUAUCGACGGCGCCGUGACGGUCGAUGCAAUCCCUCUCGAGGCCCUUACCCGGCUGCCCGCUCGCAUCAUUGAUGUAUCGCACAAGGCUGUAGCCGGGGGCUCGAUCAGCCUGACAGAUCUUGGCCCUCACGAGGCGCACAUCAAGGAGGGCAUGGCGGUGCUCUUUCGCACGGGCUGGGAUCGGUACUUUGGCGCGGACCAGAGCGAGCGGUAUUUUCAGCACCCGCACGUUGAACGCGGGGUCGCUGAGCGCCUGGUGGAGCUCGGAGUUGCUGUUUUGGGCGUCGAUACCAUGAACCCGGAUCCCACUGUCACCGACGACGGGAGUGCGGUUUUUGAUGUGCACGAUAUAGUUCUUGGAGCUGGCAAGGUUAUUGCCGAAAAUCUCACAAAUCUCAAAGAGUUGCUGGAUGCGCAACAGGCGUCAGGAGAGGCUUCGAUGGCCAUGGUCUGUCUUGCACCGUUGAAAGUUCGCGGCUGUGACGGAUCGCCUAUCAGAGCAUUCGGUUGGGUUGAGAGCACCACGUCUGAACAUUGA